AUGGGACUAUGGCGUGAUAAUCAACCAAUGAUAAGCGAUGUUUUUGUUGACGUCAAAAUUUUUGAGUCUCUUAAGACUAAUCUCCUAUUAUCGUCUUCAACUUAUAGCAUCAGAAUGUCGGGGAAAAAAUGCAAACAUUGUGGGUCAUCGGAAAUAGAAGUAGACCCUGCUAGAGGUGAUGCCGUUUGUACCAACUGUGGUUCAGUGUUAGAAGAUAAUAUUAUUGUUGCUGAAGUAGAAUUCCAAGAGAAUGCUCAUGGUGGUGCCUCUGCAAUUGGACAGUUUGUGUCAGCGGACUCAAAAGGAGGUGCCUCUGGCUUUGGUCGAGCGUUUAAUGCGGGCAUUGGCCAAGAGUCAAGGGAAAUAACAUUAAGGAAGGCAAGAGAGGGUAUCACUGCCCUGUGUCAGCAGCUUAGAUUGAAUCAGCAGUGUAUUGACAUAGCUUGUAACUUCUUUAAGAUGGCUCUCGCUAGACAUCUUACAAUCGGCAGACAGUCAGCACUAACACAAGCCGCAUGUGUAUAUAUUACUUGCAGGACAGAGGGAACACCUCAUCUUCUUAUAGACAUCAGUGAUGCUCUUCAGAUAGAUUGUUAUCAACUGGGCCGUACUUACUUCAAAUUAUCAAAAGCGCUCUGCAUCAACAUACCACCCACUGGUAAGUGUAACCAAAUAUUUUAUAAUAUCUAUGCAAUGUUAUAG